AUGGCUUCAGAGCCGUGUUCCAAGAGCCAACAACUAUCGACAUCUAUUCAAGUAACAGAAAGUGAGGCACGUCUUUUCAACACUCUUUUGGCUGCCAUAGCCUCGGUCAAUAAGCAAGAUACUACACUGCGUGUGGCAGGGGGGUGGGUUCGUGACAAGCUACUCGGGUAUGAAUCUCAUGACAUAGACAUAGCGGUAGAUAACAUGACGGGCGUUGAAUUAGGUACGAUCAUCAACGAGUACAUAACAUCUCAGGGAGAGACUGUGCACAAAAUGGGGGUCGUAAGUCAAAACCCGGAGAAGUCUAAACAUCUAGAAACAGCUUGUAUAACAGUGUGUGGUUAUGACGUGGAUUUGGUAAAUCUACGUGCGGAGUCUUAUCAGGAAACUAGCAGAGUCCCCAGUGCAAUAAAGUUUGGGAGCCCCCAUGAAGAUGCGUUGCGUAGAGACUUUACAGUCAAUGCGCUGUUUUAUAAUAUAAAUACAAGAGAGAUUGAAGAUUUUACAGGCCAAGGGCUUGCAGAUUUAAAAAGUAGAUUGAUUAGAACACCAUUAGAUUAUAAUAUAACCUUUUAUGACGAUCCUCUCCGCAUACUUAGAGCUAUUCGUUUCUCGAAGAGGCUGGGUUUCGAGUUGGACAAAAAGAUGUAUCAGGCAGUAGAAAGUAAAGAGCUUACAGCAAGAUUGCAGAUAGUUUCUAGACAGCGAUACAACAAGGAGCUUAUAGAAAUCCUCUCAGGAGAGACUGCACUUUGUGGCCUUCGUGGUCUAUUUAAUAUGCACAUAUUUGAGGAGAUCUUUCUGUACAUUCUAAACACUUCUAUGAAUAAAGAGCUGAAUGUACACUCAAUAUAUCAGAGAACAGUGGAAAUCUGGGAAGAGUAUUCUACUGCUGCGCAGAAGGUAAAAGAAAAGCUCUACAUUGAUGCUCUGAAGGUUAAUUUAGACACACUCUACUACUUCAUUUCACUACUUUCUAUCGGGCUGGCUAUUAACGAGGCGCUGCUUGACCAGGAUGCUUCAACCUCCGCUGCAGACGUAUCAAUAGCUGUUAGGUUCCUUGAUGAGCCGGUGAAGGGGAAUCAGAGUUGUAAAACAAUGCCCAUCAUGUGGUAUGUAGCUAGAGUCUGCUGUGCUUCAACAAACACCGUUGCAGAGACGUUGUCGGAUGCUCAUAUGUACAGGGCUUCUCUUGGAUUAAAAGACCUAGCCCCUGAGGAACACAUUCUAUUGUUCAGAGGAUACAACAAACAUGCUGUCCUUCUCUCUCUUUGUACACUGGCUCUUACCCCACACUUUGAAGAUCUAGUAGUCACAUACAGACUGGACAAACCUGCACAUCUUUUGGUCUUGCUAGAUGCAAAGCUUAAUGUGAAUGUCCCACAGCUAGCACUCCUUUGUGAUAUCAAAGAUAAGCGGAGGUUCCGACGCGUAAAAGAGGCAGCAAUCCUUUGUUAUCUUUCAGACAGUGUUCUUCUAGAGUCUCUCAAAACACACAGUCUAUUAAGGCCAGAAUUCACAUUCGAGUACUGUAAGAACAAACUAGAUGACAUACUGAGGAUCUUGCAAAACAUGCAGAACGGUAGAGAUGAUGUGCCAAUAGACAAAUGA